AUGGCUACUUCGAACGCCCCAAAGUCUUCUGCAAGGGAACCACUUCCCUUGGAAGGCAUCACUGUCGUCAGCCUCGAGCAUGCCAUAGCCGCACCCUUUUGUACCAGACAGCUUGCCGACAUGGGUGCCAGGGUCAUCAAGGUUGAGCGUCCCGGCGUCGGCGACUUCGCGAGAGCCUACGACACCCGAGUCAACGGAAUGGCCUCGCAUUUCGUCUGGGCGAACCGCUCGAAGGAGAGCCUGGCCCUGGACCUGAAGAAACCCCGAGACUUUGAGGUGCUCAAGAGGCUCCUUGCCAAAUCGGAUGUGUUGGUUCAGAAUCUGGCCCCUGGCGCUACUGAACGGCUCGGCCUAGGUUACAACACGCUCCGAGAAACCCACCCUUCGCUGAUAGUCUGUGAUAUCUCAGGCUACGGCUCCGAUGGCCCGUACAGAGACAAGAAGGCGUAUGACCUCCUCGUGCAAAGCGAAGCCGGUUUCCUCUCCGUCACUGGUAACGGGCCCGAGCCUGCGAAGGCUGGCAUUUCCAUCGCCGACAUUUCGGCAGGCAUGUACGCCUACUCCAACAUCCUGGCCGCGAUCAUCAAGCGGGGCAAGACAGGCCGGGGCGCGCGGAUAGACAUCUCGAUGCUCGAGAGCAUGGUCGAGUGGAUGAGCUUCCCCAUGUACUACACCCACAACGACGCCCCGGGCCUGGCCCGCUCGGGGGCGGCCCACGCCUCCAUCUACCCUUACGGUCCCUUCGAGACGGGCGGCGGCGGCUCCGUCAUGUUUGGCGUGCAAAACGAGCGGGAGUGGACGAACCUCUGCCGCGACGUGCUGGGCGACGAGGCGCUGGCCAGGGACCCGCGGUUCGUGAGCAACACGCUCAGGGUCCGGCACCGGGACGAGUUGAAGGCGGUCAUAUGCGGCGUGUUUGCGCGCUCGUCGGCCGAGGAGGUCCUCGCGAAGCUGGACGGCGCGGCCAUCGCCAACGCCAACGUGAACGACAUGCAGGGCGUGUGGAACCACCCGCAACUGAAGGCCAGGGCGCGGUGGACAGACGUCGAGACACCGGCGGGCAAGAUUCCCGCCCUGAUCCCGCCGGGAUUCGCAUCGGUAGAAGAGUCGAGGAUGGGCAAGGUUCCUGGCCUCGGCGAGCACAACGAGGCGAUCUUCAGGGAGCUGGGAGUUGAACCCUGA